CUAGCAUGCUUGUAUCCUGGUCGUGAUCUGAAGUCAUUGCCGCAUAGAAGCUCUUGCCAGUCUCACAUUUUAAACCGUGAUAAUGGUGAAGUACUGAAGAUUAAAUGCACUCUGCACUACAGUAAUCACACUUUAAGCGGGACGGGCCUUGCACCAUGUCAUCCAACGACCAGGAUUUUGACUUUGAUGAAUAUGACAAACCCGGGGCUGAGCGGUCACGCAGAAGGAGAGGUGAAGAUGAUGAUCUUGAGAGUGAUUUGGAAGAGGAUUUGUUGGAAGAGGACUGGCUGUCCAGUAAAAAGAAUCCAUCAGAAAUGUCAGAUGAAGAGCUGAAUGAUGAUCUUCUCAGAAGUGAUGAUGAAGAUGUAGAUCAGAGUGGUCAGGAUAUCAGCCUCAAUGCCACAUAUACCCUGGGCACAUCCUAUGACCAGCAGGACAACUCACAGGAAGCAGACUAUACCGAUGACGUUGUGAACCUUGGUGCAGAGGGCUGCGAAGAAGGGGAUGUGGAGGAGGCGGAAGAGUACCAGCAAGAGGAUGAGGCAUAUACAGAGGAAUAUGGCCAAGAAGAUGGCGCAGAGAUUUCGGAAGACCAAAUGGGUUACGCUGGAGAGCCAGCAGAGGCUGACGAUGACUAUCAGGACGGUGUGCUAAACAUCCAAAUCAAUGAGCCUAUUGAUGGUGAAUUUCAAGAUGAAGAAUACGAAACCCCCUAUGGUGAUGAGCCUCUUGAUGAAGAUGGAGCUCAGCAGGAGGGCGCAGAGGAGGUGGAGGGAGAUCAGCAGAACGAAGAAGACACUGCUGAAGGGACUCGAGUCUAUGACAUGGAGGAGGGUGAAAAUGAGGCUGUGCGAGAAGAAGAAGAAGAAACAAAGGAGGAAUCGGACGAAGAAGACGAGGAAGAUGAAGAGUCUGGCCGCAUAAGGUUCAAAUCUGAAAGAAAGGAGGGCGUUGUUGUGCGGCUGGCAGAUGCAGGCUCCAAAAGGCGGAACAUCCCUGAAACACUAGAACUGUCAGAGAAGGCCAAGCGAGAUUUGAUGGAAUUCGAGGAGCAAGAACGGCAGAAGAAACAAAAUCGUCACGGAGGCAGAGGCCGAGUUGGGGGACGAGGAGGCAGAGGAAGAGGAGGCUUCCCAGGGUUUGAAAUGGGAGACUAUAGAGGAGGAAACAGAGGAAGAAUGAACGACCAGAGAUUCCCCCCGAUGGGAAACAUGGGCAUGCAGCAGUCCUCGCGAAUGCUUCCUCCUCAUCAGUCUCAUCAGCAGCAGCUGCAUUCCCCGCAGCACCACCCCUCACGUCCAAGUGGACCGCCUCACUUCCAAGAUCACGGGCGUCCGCUUCCUCAGCAGCCCCUUCAGCCCCUCAUCCCUCCGCACAUGUCUCAUCGCUCCCCGCCGCUGCGACCCCAGAUGGAGCCGCCACCACGACUGAUGAAUUCCCCGCCACCUAACUUCCCUCCACAUCACCAGCAACAGGCUCCACAACCCAAGAACAUCCACAUUAACCCCCACUUCAGAGGGCCUGCAACGUCACCCGUUCAAGUGCCCUUGAUGCCUCCUGCUCAGAGCCAGCCCAGACCUGCUGUGGGUCCUCAGAGGUUCCCUGGACCGGGAGACUUUCAGCAGCACAUGCCUGGUAAUUUCGGUCAGCCCCAGCGGCCCCCUCAUCACAUGGAGCCUUUUAGGAACCAGCCACCUCAAGGCCCCCAGGACAGAGAACCCCUCUUUAUGGGAGAGCGCACAGAUUCAACACGGUUUCCAGGGCAGCACAUGUUUGAUCACCAGGGCCCCAGCCCUCUGAUGAACAGCGGCAACAACCUCCACCAGCAGCAGCUGCCCAGCCAGGGCCACAUGGGCUUCGGCCCACCAGGACCAGCCUUCAACCAGCCGGGCCAGGGCCCGCUUGGACUGUUUGGGAGAGAACCCCCAAGACACAACAUCCCUCCCCACCAAAAUCACCCGGGAAUGGUGAACUUGAAUCAACAAGGUGGACCCCCCAACCAGCCCAGGCCUUUCAUGGGCCCUCGUCAAGCUUUUGGCCAACAGGGGAACCUUUUCCCUCCUACACAAGUUCCGUUUGGGAUGCAGGUACGACUAAGAGGCUUAAUGCACGGCCCUCCUGUUUCCCAGCUUCCACAUCAUGAUCCGCUGUCACCCCAUCAGCCCAUGCACCAGCAGCAGCAACACCAUAGGCAGGACUUACCCCACCAUCAGCAGCCGCCGCUAAAUCUCGGUGAGCCUCGCCCCAUGAUGCACCAUGGCCAGAAUCCUUUCCAUCAACAGCAGGGGCAUGGCAGCCCCAGGCAGAUGAAUCCCCGCCCUCUGAACCCCCAACAGCGCCACAUGUCUAACAGGCAGAGAAUGAACACACCUGUCUCCAAGCAAAUGCAGCAGCGCAACAGCAACCUACGUGAGCUCCCUGUAGCACCUGGCAACACAAACACGAACAGCGCCCGCCCUGCCACCACCCCCACCUCCCCCGCUGCCAACAUCAAGCCUGUUGCCAGGACAACACAGGGGAUGCGUCCUGGGCAGAACACUCAGCCGAUGCCUGACGGUGGCAAAGGAAGAGGCCAAGCUGUUGCGAAGACUGAAUCACAGCCUGAGGGAGCAGGCAGGACAGUUGUUCGCAAGGAAAUUCCAAGCACGCCGUCCGGCGUGAGACCACAGGAUCCUGAUGAGGAUGAGGAGACAAGGCAGUAUCGUCUGAAGAUUGAGGAGCAGAAGCGUCUGAGAGAGGAGAUUCUAAAGAGGAAGGAGAUGCGACGGCAGAUGCAGGCUGGUGUCAGGAAGAAGGAGCUGCUUGAAAGACUUAAUGCCCAGGCACCAAGCCAAGGCACCAGUACUACACAAGCUCAGCCCGAGCAACCAAAUAAGCAAAUACCACACCCUGUACCUCCAGCACAACAACAGCAGCAACAGCCGCAGCAGCGACCACCACCACCAGAACACAAACCACAACAGCAACUGCAACCACAACAGCAAAGACAGUUUCCUCAGAGAACACAACAAUCAGUAAAUCCCACAUUAAAGACUGGCAAUCAAGGUAACGCCAUCCCUCCCAGCAGUGCUGCUCAGACCCCUGCGCCCCGUCCUAAUGUCAAGACACGGCUGCAGAUGGUAAAAGGCAGCAUUCAGCAGCAACAGCUUGCCGGGCCUGUUAAGCAACCCCAACAAAAUCAGCUGCAGCCAGUGCAGCAGCGAAGGAACAGCGCUUUGCAGAACGUAAACCGAUCUGGUGCUCCGAUCCAAACUGUUCAAGUUCCUCAAAGGAACGUACCUGAUACUCGUUCAGCGAGUCCAGCCCUGGCUCAGGCUCAAGGACCUAAACUUGGCGCUAAAAGAACUGUGAUGCAGCGGGCAAAGAGUACUAGCUUCGAGGGCCAGCAGGUCCCGCACAAAGUCAGAGUCGUCAAACUUACAGGAGCGAGUGGAAAGGGGCCUGAGGCCACAAGCAGCCCAGUACAGGAACAAGGCGCCUGGCCAGCAGCUUCGCUCAACCAGGGCAUCCAAAGGAAAGUUACCAUGACAGGACAGCAGCAACAGGGACCAGGUGGACCGUCGCAGGCUAGCCGCGGGGGCAUGGGCAACCCACAACAAAACAGGGUUGUUGUGUCAGGCCGGGGCCGAGGUAGAGGGGGUGGCCAGAUGGGUCGAGGUCGUCCGAUGCCCACCAGACAGAGCCAAAAGACUGCUGGGAGUGAGCGCUGCACUGUGUCCAUUGAAGGCCUCUCCUCAUCUACAACCGAUUUGCAGCUUAAGAACCUUCUGAGGUCCAUCGGCCCCAUAAAGACUUUCAAAAUGAUGCCCCAGCAGAGGAAAGCAAUUGCUACAUUUUCCAGUCCCCAGCAUGCAACAAGUUUCCAAAUGAGCUUCCACAGGCACAUGAUUGAUUUGUCCCACAUUGAUGUGUCGCUGAUUGACGGAUGAGGAGCGUUAAAAAGCCAGCGGGUCCUUUUGCAAGAAGUCGCUCUCUCCCAACGCUGGAGGGUCUCCUGCACAGCUCCAACCUGGUCUACAGAUACUUCUCCAUUUCUUUUGGGGGUCACUAACAUUCAGCGCCUCUGCACAGAAGCGUCAUUCAUCAAGUCGUCUCCCAUCGAGCUGGGACAGAGAACACAAAGACAUUAGCUGAGAGCAUGCCUGUGUUUGACUUUUCUACCAAGUGUCUGCAGUUGUGAAAAUGGCACUGGAGAGACACUGGACAGCUUCUGCUAUUUCAAUGUAGUUUGUGAGGAAUGUUUAUUUUGCAUCUGACACGGACACUAUAAGUAGAGCUCAUCGUGGGAUAAUGGUUGCUCCCCUCUUUAGUGAAAUUCUUCGUGACAAAUGACACUUGAACGCUGUGAUUCUAACGUGACCACUUAAUAGUAUUUUUUAUGUUAUUCGUGGUGCGGUGCUCAUGCAGGGGGAAUGGUUGUGCUAGGAUGCGGUCAGCCUGUUCAUGCAGGGGGUCUCCCCUGUCUGUAGAUGGCAGUAUUUUAUCACUAUUGGUGUUUCAGUCUUUCUCUUGCAGCCCUGCAUUCGGGUAGCUGUGAAGUCUGUUUUUUGGUCUAUGGCACUACCUAGUGGGGUUCCUGCAUAUAGGCAGAGAGGUGUCCUGGUUGUGAUGAUUCAAGAUGUCAUAGCAGUGACCAAAACCCAGCUGGAAUAGGCUGUGAUUAUAUUUUUGCUAAAUUCCCUGUGGUUUAAAGAAUUGUAAAUGUGGGCACUGCUGAGUUAAUUUCUCCUGUUUUUCAGUUUUAUUGUUGCUUACUAAGUCCUUUCUAUAUAUAUAUCUCUCUCCCUCUCUCUCUCUCGUUUAAGUUAGUUGGUUAUUACUCAGCUUUUAACUGUUAACUAGAAUGCAUUGUGGAUGAACCUUUCAUGCCUUGUUUGAGAUGCAUUUUAGUUGGAUGUCUGAUUAUGAAGUAGUUAGAUUUAGGUUUCGAGGUUGUGCCGAGUGUGCUUUGUGGCAGUGAGUAUGUAGACAUGUUUUUUGAGUUUGUUUUCUUUCUUUUUAAUGAGCUUGGCAGGGUAUUUGACAUUGUUGGUAGAUGGAAAAGAACUGUGUCCAGUUCUCUGCAGCAUAAACAGACAUUUCUGAGAAGUUCCUCGAGGAUACAUUCCUUACUCUGCUCUGGAAUUGGAAUAAGUUUGGAAAUAUUUACCCAAAUUUGAGUGACUAUCAGCUUGGUGCCUGAUUGAUCAGUAAGCUGCAUAGCAGACUGUUUUUCCUUCACGCAGAGCGGUCGGUUUGGAUAACAGAGGAGGAAAUAUAAACAAAAUUCACCUUAAUACUUUGCCCUGGAGACUGUAGAGAGAUAUAUUUUCCUAAAUACACUAAUAUCUCUUUUGACAAUUUUACACAUUUUUUCCCCAAAAUAUUUUUUAGACUAAUUCUGAGCCAUCCGCACUUACAGUACAGUGUCCAACAAAUUGCUUUAAUUUUCAUUAAGCAUUUACCCUGGAUAGGAAGGUGCUGGCACAUCACUGAAAACCCCAAAUUCUCUGAAUACUAAGCCGUUUCUGUUUUCUGGCUCUGAGUUGGACUUCAUAAAACAUCAAAGUUAAGCUAAAUGAAGCUCGUCACAUUUUUAAUUUUUUUUGUUAUUCAGAUUUUUUUCUCCUCUCUCAUCACAAAACUGUUUGUGUAUUGUAGUUGUAAAAAUGUGUUAAAAGUUUAAAUGCAGACGUUUUUCCACAUCCAAGACUAACUGAAAUUGUUUUAUAUACAUUAUUCAAAGGGACGAGACAGAACAACGAGAGGGGGCAACCAUUACCCGCGUAGUGAUCAUGUGCAUAAGUCAGGCUUUCACUCGAUAUUUAACUUGUUAAAUUUUUUUGACUUCACUCACAUUGUAUCAGGAAAAACAACUUUUAUAUGUAAAGGAUAUGCUGACGUGUCCGGACAUAAAUCAUUUUUACAAGUAUUUUGUUUCUAUUUCCAAACAAGGAAUGACUGGACCACAUUUGUGUUAAACAAUACAUUUGACAAAAAGUUUAAGGUAAAAAGAAAAAACGAACAAAUAACCAAAAAAACAAGUGUAAAUAAAAAUAUGGCCAAUAUACCGUGAACAUGCAGGUAUGUGAAGCCACUUGAACUUUAGCCCAAAGACGUGUGGUUGUGUGUGAUGUCCAUGUGUUAUGUGCCUUUAUGAUAACGUAGUUUUCAUCUUCUGUGCCACACUUUCUACUCCUUUGUACUUUUUAACGUAUUCUGUAAGUUUGGGGGUUUUAACUAUGCAACAUAUGACGUAAAUGCGUUUGGAAACUUGCAUAUUUUCUUGGGAUGAACCACUUUUUUAAGUAAGAUUUGAUUUUGUAGGUUUAAAGACACAAAAAAAGAAAAAAAAAAGAGCAGUAUUAUGGCAAGAGAUACUACCUCAAAGUUAAAGGGGAAUAUCACUGAAUUUAUUUCCUUAAAUGAGAAAUUUUGGCCUGAAAAUUUCGCGUUGAUGUCAUCUGAAUGUGCAGCUCCAUAAAAUGAGAAGCAUUGCUACUCGGCUGGUAGGGAAAAAGUAUGAUUUUUAUACCAAAAAAAGGGUCACCACUUUUAUUUUAUUUUUUUAAUCUGUCUGGGAAGUCUUUUCCCAGCUGUGCCAAUAGGUGGCGCUACAGAUUAACCUCCCUGAUUUUUGUGGUUUGAGAAAUGUGUACUAAUUGGCUUCUCUGCCCUGUCUGCAUGUGUUGAAUCACAUCACAAAUUUAGUGGUAUUUCCCUUAUGUUACUUGAAGUUACUAAUAAUCCAUAAAAGUUUAAAAUAAGCCGCCAGUACAUUCUCAGCAAGUACCCAAAGUAUUCGAUCCCCCAAAUUUCCUCUUCUUCAUAUAAACAGUGAAGUUGUGCCGUUUUUUAAAUUAUUUAUUGUUUUAUUUAUUUUUUUGUAUGUUGCAGAAAUCUGGUUUAUUUAUGUUUUAUUCUUUUUUUGUUUGAAGUUUUUGAGCUCUUUCUGUGUAUUGACGGUUAUGUAUUUAUUGUCUUUCAUGUUGUGGGUUACUCGCUCGAGUUUUAGUGCUAUGCUAAAUCCUGUGGAUUUGAAAGAGUAACGGCAAUGCCAGGUCGUAGUGAUAUUGUUAUAAGACUUCAGGUCUUUUAAUGCCAGAACAGAUUCAUAUUGAAUCUUAUCUGUACCUUAAUUUGAAGAAUUUUAUACAGACGUGUACUGUGAAUUUUUAAAAGUGAUUAAUUUUCAUUGGGGAAAAAAGGCUUAUUUAAGUUACAGCAUGUUUCUCCAAACAUGCCACCUCAUAUGGUUGUAGUAGGUAUUUAACAUAGAAGGGCUUGCCUGUCAGAUGUGAAUGCAGCUUUCUUAUGCUUGCAUAAGAAACCUUCAUAAAGGCUGCAGAUGAUUAUAGUGAGAAUAUUUAGCAUAUUUGGGUCAAAGGUUGAGUUUUGCACAACACUAACUUGUAACUUUUUUUUAACAGGUUCAUUUAAGGUGCUGAAAUUUUGCAGAGUUGCUGAAUUAAUCACUGAAUUCUGUCUUUUUCUUCAGAUCAAAUCCUCUACCAUGGAGCAGAGUGACAAAUGCAUUUUUAAAAGCAAAUUUAAGAGGCCAUACCAAAGGUUUAACAUGUUUUAGUCAAUCAACAAAGUGCAUUUGCGAGUGACCUGAAAUUAAGCAGGCUGUUUAUAUUAAUCUGCUGAAAGUAUCCCCUGUUUAUAUUGCUAAUGUAAUCAUCUGAGGCCUUUUCCCAGAAACCUAUCAGGUCAUUUAACAUCAUAUAACCUCACCCAGUUCCUCAAAGCCUUUGUUAUUCUCCUAGAAAAAUAAUCAACCUGUUUUCUGAGCAGGGAAUUCUUCAAGGAUCUUUUUUAUUUUUUACAGUUAAUUUCAGUUCAGUUUUAUUUGUAGACUUCCAAUUCAAAACAACAGUUGGCUUAAGGUGCUUUAUAUUCUAAGGUAAAGACCCUACAACAAUGCAGAGAAAAGCCCAACAGUCAGACGACCCCCUAUGAGCGAGCACUUGGUGACAGUGGAGAGGAAAAACUGACUUUUAACAGGAAAACUAAAAAAAAAAAUUGUUAAAUGACCUGUGACUGAUUCAGUCAUUAACUAAGAGGUUGAGUAAAAGCAUGAAACACCUCUGGUGUGGUCCCACACUUGCUCUUGCGGUGCUCUUUGUUUGAUCACACUUGGUGGCACGAUGGUGCAGUUGAGAUUUGAUUCACCUGACGUGACCGCCAGCCAUCUCAGGUGCGAGUACAACAGAGAGACAUCUGUAACUAACGCAUACUUUAUUUUAACAGCGUGCCAGUAAGAGGAGCCGUUGACCAGCUUAAACCAUGAUACUGCCUUAACUCAUUCGCUUAACACUUCACGUUCUUUCACAGCCUCGCCAUCUCCGGCCCCGAGAUGAAGAUUUCAUUUCCCUCACUCGACGGUUGUUGGUGCGUUCAGGUUAUCGGGCCUGUCGCCUUUUUCCUAACCGCUUUUCCUGCUGUCGCUGUUCUUUCAACUUGACCAUAUCUCGUCUUUUCCUUCCCGCCGCUGUUCUUCAAUGAACUUAAAACUUCUGUAUCAAGCAGGGUGGCCUGCCCGGAUUACCAUUGUUUGUUAGCCCAGUGGAUGGAGGUUUCCAUCUGUGUGACGACAGCCGGGUUCACUGAGCAGACACAUAAACCUCUAAAGCAAGCUGCUUCAUGGCUUUCACUGCACCAAAGGUCAUUCCAGCUUCUUGACACUCACUGUUUGGUUGGAUUUUUAACACAAAGACACCGCACUGGUUUCGUCAUCUCGAACUGUAUGGGUGCACCAAAUGACUGUAAACCCAGCCCGUUGGGUUCUGACCAAAACAAAAAGCAAACUUUGAAGACAUCUGUGUUUUUCACACUCGUGUCAUAA